AUGGUACGAGCUAGAAGAGGUGUACUGCUGAAGUGUGAUCCUUCAAUCAAAGCGCUAAUCGUGCAAAUCGAUUCAGAACGUCAUGACAUUAUACUAGAAGAACUCGAUGAAACACACCUGUUAGUACAUCCUACAAAAGUUGAAUUUAUCAAGAUGGAACUGAAUAGAUUGCUGUCUAAGAAUAUAUAUAAUCCAUUGGAUGAGGAAGAAGAAGAGCAUUGA